AUGUUCUUCACAAAGUUUUCCCUUGCUGCCGUUGCCGCUUUGGCUGCCGUGAGCGAGGCUCGCCAUGAAUACGGCCUCUUGCAUCCCAAGCGUUCUUUGAGCACUGGCUACCCUCAGCCCUCUACCGUCACCGUCUACCCCGUUCCUCCUCUCAGCACUGCUCCUGCGUCUGCUGAAAGCUCUGGCUCUGCCUCUUCCUCUGCAACUGACCUGACCCUGACCUACACCCUUGGAACUGGAACAUCCACCUCCGUUGUUACCACCACUAUCCACCACACUUCGACCGACAUCACUUACGUGACUGCAACUGCCAGUGGCAACGAUGAGGGAAGCCAGCCCACAUCGACCGUCUCUGAUUUCUCUACCUCCACUGCAACAGUCACUGUCGUGGCUGCUAGCUCCUCAAGUGAGGCGUGCAGUGGCGUAACUGUCACUGUCACCGAGAAGGAAACCGUCACAGUGACUGCCCUCGCCGAAUCCACAAGCGGAAUCAAGACUGCCGUUGUCUCUUCUGCUACGGCAACCGAGGCCGCUUCCACUGGAAGCGAGACUGCCACCGUUGCCCCAACGGAGACCUCCUCUUACAAGUACCCUCCAUCCCCAAGCGGCCAACUCAGCGGCAGCUCUUCUGUUGCUCCCUACCCAAGCACUGAGGUUUCUCAGCCGACCUCCUCGGGAUUCUUGACCAGCUUUAAGCCAGUGCCCACCGGCCGUCCUGUCCCCACUGGCUACUACUAG